AUGAGGGGAAAAAAAGGUGCCCUUAUCAAAAGGUUUAAUGACAUGACAUACUUUGUGGCAGUUAAGGUUUGCGAUUAUAUCAUAAGGCCCUUUUUGUGCUAUGGCUUUACACCACUGAUAUUUGGAUACGGGCUUUAUCACAACAAUGAAUUUACAGCGAACCCUUUUAAAUUCAUACCAAAAAUAUUAAUAGGAUAA